AUGGAGCCGCUGUAUGAGGAGUAUCUAACCCGAGGCGGAACAAUAGUCAAGCCUUACUACUGGCUCAGCUUCUCCCUAGAGUGCGCUAACUGCCCGUACCACAUUCGAACAGGCGAGGAAGCGAGAGUUCCCUACACAGAAUUUCAUCAGACUUUUGGAUUCCCAUGGUCAACAUACCCUCACACAAAACACCUCACAUUUUACGAGCUGAGAAGUUCCUCGGAGAACCUGAUACAGAAGGGUCUUGCCAGCAACUGCACCGGGAGUCGCAACCACCCAGAAUCAAUGCUGUUUGAGAAGAACGGUUACCUUGACGCAGUCAUAUUCCAUAACAGCAAGGUUAGACAUAUCAUUCUGUAUUCCAACAACUCCCCCUGUGAUGAGGCUAAGCACUGCUGCAUCAGCAAAAUGUACAACUUCCUGAUGAACUAUCCAGAAGUCACCCUUAGAGUUUUCUUUUCUCAGCUCUAUCAUACUGAGUACCAGUCUCCGAUCUCAGCAUGGAACCGUGAGGCUCUCCGGGGCCUGGCCAGCUUAUGGCCCCAAGUCUCUUUGAGUCCAAUAAGUGGUGGCCUUUGGCAUUCUAUUCUUGACAAGUUUGUUAGUGGAACCUCUGGAUCAUCUGUUCUACAGCCCUUUAUGGCUGGGAGAAUCCUGGCCGACAGGUAUAAUGCUUAUGAAAUCAACUCCAUCACAGGAGUGAGGCCUUACUUUAUGGAUGCUCUUCAGAGCCCACAAAAAGAGAAUCAGAACCGAAAAGCCUGGGCAGCGUUGGAAAACCAACCCUUAAACAAUGCCGCUCCCGCACAGUGGCAACCCAAGGUGAGUCAGUACCCCAGGACCCCCGCUGUUUUCGAGCUGGUGCCUUACAGAGGAGAUCUACCUCCAAUCCAAGCGGGUCCAAACCCACGGAAACCCAGGACGAUGGUAAAGCACUUGAACAGGAGUCAACUGUCAUCCAAGGUCAAAGACCUAAGGAAACCGCCCUCGGGCAGCCCAGUGGAGGAGACGGAAGCCAAGAAGGCGCCUGCAAGUAGCGAAGAGGCGCACAAAAAGAACAAAAGCAAAAAGAAGAAACAGACUCUGGUUAUCAAGCCAAAGAGUUGCCGUUUGCUGGAGAGGUAA